AUGUUAACAUAUACAUUUACUAUCAUAUUCAUUCUGUGUGUUGGAUUAGUGAAGAUUCAACGAACGACAUGUAUGUUGGAAGAGACUUCAGAAUACGAAGAUAAAGCAAGGGAUAGAAUGUUUAGUGCUAAGAACAUCAUAUCAACGAGGGGUGAAAAAACAAUACUUGUUGCUAUAUUCGUACGAAAUAAAGAACAUUCAUUGCCAUAUUUUCUACGAGGACUUGAAGAUUUGAAAUAUGAUAAAAAACUGAUGUGGCUGUGGAUUAUUUCUGACCAUAAUCGAGAUAACUCUACAAAGCAACUGGAAACAUGGGUAAGAGUUUUCAAUGAUCAAUACGCAAAGAUUGAGUUUGAGAAACCAGAUUUCCCAAUGAAUUACAACGGAGAUUUGAGUGACUUACAUUGGACAAAAGAUCGAUACAUUCGACUGCUUGAGCUGAAGCAAUUUGCACUAAUCAAAGCGAGAAAGAUGAAUGUCGAUUUCAUUUUAUAUAUUGAUGCUGAUAAUAUUCUAAUGAAUCCAUACACUUUGAACCACCUCACCGGAAAAUCGCAGACGAUCAUUGCACCUAUGCUGAAUUCAAAUACGGAUUACUCCAACUUUUGGGGCGAGGUGGACAAAGAAGGAUGUCAUAAAGAUAAUGACUUGUACGAUAAAAUCAGGACUCGUAAAGAAACCGGGACCUUUGAUGUUGCAUUAGUACAUUCAACAUUCUUGAUAAAUUUGAAAAAUGAAGAUUCUAAAAAAGUUAGAUUUUUACCAAUUCCAUCAUGUUACGACCACGAUUUUAAUGAUGAUAUGAUUUUUCAUUACCAAUGUGAUUUGGAAGACGUACAUAUGUACAUUGAUAAUUCCGUUUUUUAUGGUUAUUUACCAGAGCCACAAGAUGGCUUAGAAGAUGAAAUUUAUAAUUUUAUGAGAAUGAGGAUGGAUGCUAUGACACUGCCUCCUGUAGGCGUUGGAAUAUCGUUAAGAAAAUCUGUACACGUUCCGGAUAAGGAGAUUAUUACCAGUCUUCCAGUUGAUCAUGUGUUUGUAAUUAAUUUGGAGAGAAAUCGCAAUCGCAGAUUACGGAUUAAUAAAAGCUUUGCAAUGUAUAAAAUCAAUUACACAUUAUUUGAUGCUGUUGAUGGAAGAAAAUUAAAUAGAAGUUAUAUCGAUAGUCUUGGCAUCAAAGUACCUACAGGCUAUAAAAGCCCGGAGUUUGGAAAUGAAAUGACUGUAGGUGAAAUUGGUUGCUUUUUGAGUCAUUAUUUCGUUUGGAAAAAGAUUUUGGAUGAGAAAUACGAAUCAACCAUCAUCUUUGAAGACGAUGUUCAAUUCAAACCAAAAUUUAUCCAAAAAUUUCAGAAUGUUAUGGAGAAAGUACGAAAUGAGAAUAUAUCGUGGGAUUUGAUUUAUUUGGAAAGAAAACCAGCGGGAAAUGAAGGCGAGGAAGAAACGGUGAUAUUACAAAAUGACAGUGGUCCUAACUUGGUGCAACCAGUCUAUUCCUACUGGACCAUAGCGUACAUGAUAUCUUACGAUGGGGCGAAAAAGUUGAUUGAUGCCGAACCGUUGGGUAAAAUUAUUGCAGUGGAUGUGUUUCUUGCUGUCAUGUACGGAAAACAGCCCUUAAAUUAUAUUAAUAAAUAUUUCCCAACAAAAAAUCUCAAUGCUCUUUCAUUCGAGCCAACCAUAGUAAAACAAACACACUACUACUCCAAUGAUUAUCAUGUCAGCGAUACCGCAAAUUCAAAAUUCGCCAAUGAAAUCCUGCAGUAG